GAUGGAGGAAGAGGAGGUUCGAGGCGUUACACUGAUGCACGAGGCGUAAACCUCAUGCUGAAGUCUCGCGAUGUUUCCGUGAUCUCGUGUGAAGCGCGGUCUCACAUCAUUCCGGAGGAGACGACGACGUCUGGGUGUCGGGUGUCGAGUGUUAGUUUUAAAUUUUCCGUAUUAAUACAGUCCACACUUAAUCAGAAGCAGGAAGAAGAAGCAACGUUUUGUGACCUCACAAAACAGUCAUCAGCCUAAAUCAGUACGGAUGGCUGAUGGUGAUAUGGAGCUUCGGUGAGAAUGGAACUGUCCAAACCAGACAAAAUGGGCAAGACGAGGCUUUUCCGCAUCUUUCUCAUCCUUGGCUCUGUCUUCAUGAUCCUACUGAUCAUCAUCUACUGGGAUGAUGUUGGAGCCACCCAGUUUUACCUCCACACAACCAUAUCUGGACCUCAUUCUUCCCGCCUACCGCCGCCUGAGAGUAAUGCUGCUUCCAAAAAAAAACCUGAGGAGGACAAGGAAGGCUCGUUCCUGGCCGACAUCGACGCGUUCGUCAACCAGUUUCUGGAAGGCACCGCCGACCCUACAGAGCAAUCGAGGGCUGAGACGCCGCCUGGUGAGACUCACAACCAGUCCUCAGAAAAACCUGAAGAAAGAUUUGUCCCCAGGCGCGAGUGGAAGAUCCACCUGACCCCCAUCGCAACAGAGAAGAAGCAAAGACAGGACAGUAGGAAGCAGCUGAUCCGCGACCUUUGCAGUAGCAACAGCAGCUUCGACUUCCCAGGCAAAAACCGGAGGUUUGACGACAUCCCCAACAAAGAACUGGACCACCUGAUUGUAGACGAUCGGCACGGGAUCAUCUACUGCUACGUUCCCAAGGUGGCAUGCACCAACUGGAAGCGCAUCAUGAUCGUGCUCAGCGAGAGCCUGCUGGUGAACGGCGUGCCCUACCAGGACCCUCUGGACAUCCCUGUCGAGCUCAUUCACAACAGCAGCGUGCACUUCACCUUCAACAAGUUCUGGAAGCGCUACGGCAAGUUCUCUCGGCAUCUAAUGAAAAUCAAGCUGAAGAAGUACACCAAGUUCCUGUUCAUCCGAGACCCUUUCGUCCGUCUCAUCUCGGCCUACCGCAAUAAGUUCGAGCUGGAGAACGAGGACUUCUACAAACGAUUCGCCAUGAUAAUGCUGAAAAGAUACGGCAACUACGUCGACCCGCCGGCAUCAGUGGCGGACGCCUUCGCUGCCGGUAUCAAACCCACAUUUUCUAACUUUAUUCAGUAUCUGUUGGAUGCGGAUACCGAGAAAGAAAUGCCGUUUAACGAGCACUGGAGGCAGAUGCACCGCUUGUGCCACCCUUGUCAGAUCAAUUACGACUUUGUGGGAAAACUGGAGACGUUGGACGAGGACGCCGAGCAUUUGUUGCGAAUACUGCGGGUAGACAACGUCGUCCAGUUUCCUGCGAGUCAUCACAACAGGACGGUCAGCAGCUGGGAGCAGGACUGGUUCGCUAACAUACCUUACGAAUCACGCAGACAGUUGUACAAGCUCUACGAGGCCGACUUCAGACUGUUCGGAUAUCCCAAACCCAAGAAGAUUUUACACGAGUGAUCAUUGGUUUCUGGUCAGCGGAGCAGUUUCUUGCUGUGAUUUUAUUUAACCGUAAUUCAUGCGGUUAACCAAUAGAGGUUUUACUCAUUCACUUUUGUUUCUAUACCUUUAGCUCUGGGGCAACGCUUCUGGUUUGCUUAUUGCACAGGCAUUAGAAAAGGUUCAUUAUUAAGUGUUUGCUGUAUACAGAUUUCUACUUUAACCCACCCCACCCCACCCCCACCCCCCUUUACAGUGUGUACUGUGAAGUCAGGCGAAGUUUUGGGUUGGUUGUAAUUAUUGUAGAAAAUCACAACGACAUUAAUAAUGUCUUAUGUUAUGUUAUUCAUCAAGUAUCGUGUAUGCUGUAACGUCCUCAGUUAUCCACCAUUCAGGUUCCUAUCUCCUGUAGAGAAAUAUGCAGCUUGAACAUACAACUGCUAUGUUCUGCACAUUUAGGACCAUGCACAUUGAAUAUGUAGAAUAUUUUUGUAUUUUUGCUAUUACACACAUAACAUAUGUAUAUAUAUAUAUAUGUAUACGUUUGUGUGUACAAGAGAAACAUUUAUUUUGGAAGAAGGAACUGUGAGCUUUUUAAAGGAAAGGAAAGGAUUUACUGCACUCCUGUAGCAUUGCGAGAUAAAAAAAAACAACAACAAAAAAACAAGCCCAUGUCGUUGCCACUCAUUAAGCAUCGCUUAGGUGUAAACAUCACCUCAUUUUAUUAUUCUUUUUUUUUUGUUGUUACUAUCAUUUGCAUUUUUAUCUCCCACCUCAGGAUGCCAACACUUUUUCAGACCUCAUUUAAAAUGUAUUGAGUGCAAAAAGGAUUUUGCAAAACGUUUACUUUAAGGAAAGCCGGAGCAGUAUUGGCUGUAAUCAUGCACUGCACUCCACACAAGCUUACAUCUGUUAUUGCUGUGUAAUCAUUCAGUGUUAUUGAGCAUCUUUCUUUCUUUUUUUUUUAAAGUAUGUUUAAUGUUUAUUAGGGCGCACGGUGGCUUAGUGGUUAGCACGUUCGCCUCACACCUCCAGGGUCGGGGUUCGAUUCCCACCUCCGCCUUGUGUGUGUGGAGUUUGCAUGUUCUCCCCGUGCCUCCGGGUACUCCGGUUUCCUCCCCGGUCCAAAGACAUGCAUGGUAGGUUGAUUGGCAUCUCUGGAAAAUUGUCCGUAGUUUGUGUGUGUGUGCCCUGUGAUGGGUUGGCACUCCAUCCAGGGUGUAUCCUGCCUUGAUCUCCGAUGAUGCCUGAGAUAGGCACAGGCUCCCCGUGACCCGAGAAGUUCGGAUAAGCGGUAAAAAAUGAGUGUGUGAGAGAGAGAGAGUAAUGUUUAAUAGGCAUCGUUAGGACGUUUCGUUAAAUCCAGUGAAGCGGCCAGGCUGAAAGAUCGGAGCCGGUGUUCUUUACUGCCCUUGUGGCGUCUUUCCUUUUUAUCUCUCUCAUUUGUUUCUGCUUUGAUAUGAACGCCGGUUCCCUGGCAGCAAGCCUUGGUCUCUUAUCGUCAUCAUGUCUUUCAUGCCAGCGUGUGUCUGCCCUUUAAUUAAUUUUUUUUUUUUUUUACAUUUGUAGACAAGUAUUGCUUGUUCUGUUCAUCUUGUAGCAUUCAGUGAACGACUCCUGCUUUGAGUUUUUUUUUUCUUGGAGCAAAAAAAAAGCACAAAUCUUUCUCCAAGGCCCUUAAAGAGUAAACAGUGAACAUUAAGCGCCCGGUUUGCUCUAGAAUUAAGUAAGCUUGUUAUUGAGACUCUGUGGAAAGAUUUGAUGUGGAAAGUUUUUAGUCGCCAUUGCGGUGUUUGCGCGGUGCUUUUUGCACACGGAAUAGUCCACAAACUGGACGAGAGAACGCUGUUCACCAGAAACAGGAGUUUAUCCUCAGUGGAACAGUGUACAGAGAGCAGGAGUGUUACAAAGCACAGUGUGAAUCUAGUAGGUCAGAGGAUGAAGUGUGUGUGUGUGUGUGUGUGUGUGUGUGUGUGUACCAUCAUCAGCAGCUGUACUAGAGGAGGCACUGCACCGGGUGCUAGCAGUGCCUUUCAUAAAAUAAGAAUGAAAAAGUUUACAAACAAAAACAUGUAGAAUGUACAGGUAUUUUUGUAAAUGGAACAAAAUUUGAGAUUUUUUUUUUAUUUGCUAGUUAAAUAAUUUAAAAGUAUUACAUUCUGUGUCUUUGGAUUUUAAACAGAAGACUUUAUUUCCUGGCUGUAUCAGUAAGAUUUGUUUAGUUCUCUUUCCAUCAUGUCCACUGUUGUUAUACCAACAGUUUAAUGUCUGCACAGUAUUUCCUGAUGUUAUCGUGCCACAGUGUUCACUGAAACGUUGACAGAUUAACGACAGAUUCAUGCUCUCUUGCUGCCUGAUGUGAUGCUGAUGCAAAAAUAAAUAAAAAAACUUACUCUGAGACGAUUCGCCAACACGAGGGGUUUGUGUUUGCAUGGAAUUUGUUCAUUUUAAGGGAAAUCGCCGUGCUUGAGAUUUAAAAAGCCAAUGUGUAUUUCUUAAUGUUGCAUCAUCUAAAAAAAAAAAACUUUUCCAAUGUACUGAUCUGGAAAACAGGUUUGUUUUUGGCUAGUGGUGUUUUUUUUUGUUUGUUUUUUUAUUUUUAUUUUUUAAUUUAUUUCACUUUAAGGAUCUUUGUUAUGCAAUGUCAAAAAAAACAAAUAAAGCUUAAUGCAUGAUGUAAAACUCUAA